CUACUCCAGACUCUAGUCCUUGAAAUCGAGGCAUCUAUGUUCAGCAUGCCGCAUUUGAGAGUCAUUCGCGCCCGGAAAGGCGUUCUCUAUUGCAACGCCCAACGUAACCCAAGCCUUUCCCUCCUACUAUUCCAGAAUGAGCCUCUGCCCGCUGUGCGCCUCCAUCACAUUGUCCAAAACGCGCGGUCCCAACCUCGACCAAAUCCAAACUCAUCAACCUAGCUAUCUGGCGCUGAAGAAGUCCGCCGAGACUGGGUGUCAGCUCUGUGGCUUCUUCUGGGAGGCUCUUGAACAGGGAAUCGGCGCGAAUAGAAAGCGAGGCCUCAAUCGUGCAGCUGUGUCCUUCGUUUCCGAACGCUAUCCGGGCCGGCAAAUCUCACUCGUGGCCUGGGGCGGCCAUGGAACUAGCCUUGACCGCAUACACAUCAUCACCACCGGUGACAUCGCCGAGGACGACGAUGAAAACGCACCGUCGGACCCCAGCAUGCACCCUGAUCAUCAGGUGGCACUUGACGGUGUGGUUGACUUAUACGCAUACCCUGGUAACAAGCAGUUCCUUCCUAUCCUUUCCACAUUAGAUGCUUACACAAGCUAUGCAGGCGAUCCUGCUGCAUGGCACGGUGGGGUAACUGGGAGGCCACUUCCCCUGACCGCGGGCGACUCAGAGGAGGACUUCAAGCUUGCACAAACGUGGCUGCAUAGUUGCCUACAUAAACACUCUACUUGUCCAAAACCUGACCCGGAAACACCACUUCCAACCCGCGUUAUCGAUCUAGGUCCUUCUGAUGCGUCAAUUGAGCCGUAUCUUCUCCAUUCCAACGGGAAGAAAGGCCUAUAUGUUGCCCUAAGUCAUUGCUGGGGCGGCAAAGUUCCGUUAACUACAACCAUCUCGACACUAGAGGAAAGGAUUCGAUCAAUUCCUCUUAGAACUCUGCCUAAGACUUUUCAAGAAGCCGCGAUUGCUACGCGAAGGCUUGGUCUACGCUACCUUUGGAUAGACAGCCUUUGCAUUCUCCAAGACUCCAAAAGGGAUUGGGAGAAGGAGUCAGCAGUCAUGGGGGAUAUCUACGCUUCUAGCUUCUUGACUAUUGCAGCAAGGGGCGCCGUGAAUUCAGCAGAUGGACUCUUUAUCUUAAGGGAACCAGAGCCGCCUUCCUGCCGGUUACCGUAUGCAUGUGGGAAGCAUUCCCUUUCGGGUUCCAUGUACAUCAGGUCACCUGCCUUCCAAACCGAGCGACUCCGCGACACACCCUUAGACACACGUGGUUGGGUCCUCCAAGAGCGGCUCCUAUCGCCCCGAAUUCUCUACUAUGGGCGCCAGCAGCUCUACUGGGAGUGUGCCGAAAGCACAUUUCGCCAGGACGGGAAGGGCGCCGAUGUCACGGCCGGCGACCUACGGACCGCGGAUUUCAAACAAUCUCUGGAUUUUAACGGCCCUUUACCAUUUAACGAAGCAGCAUUUGCACGAACUUACCCUGCUUCUGACCAGGCUAAGGCCAAGAAACAGGCCAGGCUUAUCCAAUGGUACAAUGUUGUUACUGAAUAUUCCCGCCGAGACCUGACCUACCAAUCUGACAAGUUGCCUGCUCUAUCCGGUAUUGCAAAAGCAUUCCAGAAGAACACAGGAUAUACCUAUCUCGCUGGACUAUGGAAGGAGGACUUGAUUGCCGGCAUAGCGUGGUAUAUGCCGCAGCCGAGCAAUGAAGUCACUUCCCUUACGCUGCCGUCGUGGACAUGGGCGCGCUUGAAAGGCAAUGUGCGUUUCUGGAGUGAGGUGCCGGGCCUACCGCUUCGGAUACUCGACGGAUCUUGCGACCUGGUCCGGGUAACGUACACGCUGGCUGGCGGGCUCAAUCCCUAUGGUGACAUCGGAGAUGCUGAGCUGCAGAUCUGUGGUCGGCUUAUUGAGGCCACGUACAGGCCGCCCCAGUCAGCAGAGGAAGAAUUCCCGACAACUGUAUUCGCCAUGGGUGGGGCGUCCAUAGGACGGAUUCUCUUCGAUCUGAAAGCCCCCGGACCGCCGAAGGUGCGCUCCAUUUUCUGUGUCUUGAUUCACGGCGGCGAUCAUUAUGCGGCAGCUUUAGCGUUGGAGCGAGCAGAUGAUGAACAAGCAAGUUACAAGAGAGUCGGAUACAUUUCUGUCACCUCAUCCGGUAGAGCCCCUUUUAUGGACGCAGAGCCUCGAAUCUUAUCAAUCAUAUAGGAGCUGAGAACGCGGCAAACAAGGAUGAGUGAACUCAGAGAAAGAUUUCAGU